AUGCUGACUAGCUUUGUGGAUGGAUUAUUCUGUUGCUUCACAGGAAAGUCGACUAAUGUGGUGGUCCCUAUUGAAUCCUCUGAGCCCACCGAUGGAUUUGAAAUUGUGGAGGUGAAACCAGGAAGAAUUCUGAGAAUUCGGCAUAUUAUCCCAGACAGACCAGUUGUUGAAGAACCCGGGACUGGGGAAGGAGGUUCAGUGAGCUGCAAGCGUAAAAUCUCAGUUUAUCGAAACGGACAACUUCUGAUCGAGAACGUCAACGAAGCUACUCAUCCAGAAUGGGUCCGAUAUCAAAACGGAGAUAGCACUGUGGACACAGACACUACCGAAAACUAUGCUCCAGCAGCGGUUCAGAACACAGAGCCCACACCAGGGUCAGCUGCAGGACAACCUCUAGAUAUCAAACCGGCGCCCCAGCAGGAACAGCAACCACCCCAGCGCAGACCCCGCAAACCUAAACGCUCCAUUGUGAUCGACUGUGAGCGGAAGAUCACAUGCUGUAAAGGUACUCAUCCUGACGUGGCCUUGUUUUUCAUACACGGGGUCGGGGGAUCGCUGGAUAUCUGGGGAAGUCAGUUGGACUAUUUCUCCCAACUUGGCUAUGAGGUCAUCGCCCCAGACUUGGUUGGUCACGGUUCGAGUUCAGUUCCACAGAUCCCCGCUGCUUACACGUUUUACGCACUGGCUGAGGAUGUGAGGAUCAUUUUCAAAAGAUAUGCCAAACGGAGGAAUAUUUUAGUAGGACACUCCUAUGGAGUCUCAUUCUGCACUUUCCUGGCUCACGAGUACCCGGAGCAGGUUCACAAGGUUGUUAUGAUGAACGGUGGUGGUCCAACAGCACUCGAGCCGGGUCUCUGCUCCGUCUUCAACUUGCCCACAUGUGUCCUUAACUUACUGUCUCCGUGCCUCACCUGGAGCUUCCUCAUGGCCGGGUUUGCCCAUCAGGGAGCAAGAGAAAAGAAAUUACUAAAAGAAAAGAAUGCCUUCAACGUCUCUUCCUUCGUUCUGCGGUCCAUGAUGAGCGGACAGUACUGGCCUGAAGGUGAUGAGGUUUAUCACGCUGAACUCACAGUGCCUGUACUGCUUGUCCACGGCAUGUACGACAAGUUUGUACCGGUACAAGAAGACCAACGCAUGGCAGAGAUCCUCUUGCUGGGGUUCCUGAAGGUCAUUGAUGAUGGAAGUCACAUGGUCAUGAUGGAGUGUCCUGACACGGUGAAUACUCUCUUACAUGAAUUCUUCCUGUGGCAGCCAGCAACCAUUUCAAAACCCAAACAGGAGGUGGCCGCCACAAAGAACAUCACCAAACCUCAAGAGGAUGCACCGAGACCAAAAACCGCCCCUAAAUCACCCUCUUAA